CCCAUUCAUUUCCAACGUAUUGGAUGUAACAGCUUGAUUGUGGCUAAAUAAAAAAUGGACUUUUAUUAAAGCUGAAGUCCAUUGUGCUAAAAAAGUGAAAUGCAACUGUGAGCCACGGUACACUUUUGAGACUCACUGCUAGCGGAUGAGAAACAAUUCAGGCUCAAUAGUGAUUUUCAGUUGUGAAAGACACCCACGAAUAACGUUUCCGAGAUGGGUUUUGUUCAGUUUCAGUCAACAUUUUACAAGCAAAAGAACUCAAACUAAUCGCUGUGUAGUAAGUAGUACAAUUGAACUUUUUUUUUUGUUUUGGUUUUUUUAACGAAGAAAAUUAAAAACAAACAAAGACGGCAGAGAAAUCAAGCAAAAAUAAUCCGUUGUUUUUUUUUCUCCUUUGGUCGCUUGUGAGCGGAAAAGGCCUCCCUCGGUGUCAUGACGUCAUUUCCGAUGGAAGGUUUAGGGCAAAAACCAAAACAAGCUAGCCUGCUAACGCGGAAUAUCUUUUGAACGCCAAAAACCAGAUCAAAUCGCAAAGAAACGGAAACAAUGAAAUAAAGGACGCGCGCGACGUUUCCUUCUGCGCCAUGAAUUUACGGGGACUCUUUCAGGAUUUUAAUCCCAGCAAGUUCCUGAUCUACUCGUGCCUGCUGCUUUUCUCCGUGUUGCUGUCCUUGAGGCUGGAUGGGGUUAUCCAGUGGAGCUACUGGGCAGUGUUCACGCCAAUAUGGCUGUGGAAGCUGCUGGUCAUCAUCGGGGCGUCAGUGGGCAUCGGAGUGUGGGCCCGCAACCCUCAGUACAGGGCUGAAGGUGAGACCUGCGUAGAGUUCAAGGCCAUGCUGAUCGCCGUGGGGCUUCACGUCCUCUUGCUCAUGUUCGAGGUGUUGGUGUGCGACCGUGUGGCCAGGGGAAGCGGCAACUACUUUUGGCUGCUGGUCUUCAUGCCGCUCUUCUUCGUGUCGCCCGUCUCGGUGGCGGCGUGCGUCUGGGGCUUCAGGCACGACCGCUCCCUGGAGCUGGAGGUGUUCUGUUCGGUGAAUAUUCUCCAGUUCAUCUUCAUCGCUCUCAGGCUGGACAGGAUCAUCAACUGGCCUUGGCUGGUGGUGUGCGUGCCGCUGUGGAUCCUCAUGUCCUUCCUAUGCCUGGUGGUCCUCUACUACAUCAUCUGGUCGGUGCUCUUCCUCCGCUCCAUCGACAUCAUCGCCGAGCAGCGGCGGACUCACAUCACCAUGGCCGUCAGCUGGAUGACCAUCGUGGUUCCGCUGCUCACCUUCGAGAUCCUGCUGGUGCACAAGCUGGACGGCCACAACGGCCUGAGCUACGUGUGCGUCUUCGUGCCGCUGUGGCUCUCGCUGCUCACGCUCAUGGUCACCGCCUUCGGCCAGAAAGGCGCAAACCACUGGUGGUUUGGCAUCCGCAAGGACUUCUGCCAUUUUCUGCUGGAGCUCCUCCCUUUCCUGAGAGAGUACGGCAACGUCUCUUAUGACCUCCGGGGCGGCGGCGACGACCCCGAGGCCGCCGAGGACCCGCCCAUCCCCGAGCCGCCGCCCAAGAUCGCCCCCGUGUUCCGCAAAAAGACGGGCGUGGUGAUCACGCAGAGUCCCGGCAAAUACUUUGCGCCUCCGCCCAAACUCUGCAUCGACACGCCCGACUAGACGGGCGCGGACGCCGCCGCAGGUCGAGCCGCGGGUCCAGCCGCCGCUCGAUGCGAACCGAGUGUGGCCCUGCCGCGUCGUUUUCAGAGCAAGGCGAUGAUGAUUCCAGGCUCCACAAUGAACGCCGCGUCGCCUCUGCGCUGGGACCAGCGGAGAGACGCGAACUUUGCGGCGAGGACUUUGAAAGUUGGCCCCUCCCUAGUCGUUCCCUUCGCUUGCGCUCCGGAGCCAACACUCCCGUUCUGUUUAUUUCACAUUCGCCGCUAGCAAAGAGAAGAAAGAGUUGAUGUGACCCAAGAGGGUUUCCAAAAUCUUUGAUGGAAAA